CCCCUGCCCCUGCCCCUGCCCCUCCACCCACGAGCAUGUUCCUUCGUGAGGUAGCACUAGAGACCCUAGGCACAGAUGUGGCGCUGUGGCAAGAACUCGAGGGUGACGUGGGCUGCGUGGUGUGGGAUGCAGCCAUUGUGCUCACUAAGUUCCUUGAGGUUAAUUCGAUGAAAACCGGCACAGAUGCAGGAAAAUGUCUGAUAAAAGGCCGAACUGUGCUUGAAUUAGGGUCAGGCACUGGUUGUGUUGGUCUUGCAGCUGCCAUUAUGGGAGCUUCAAAAGUCACCAUCACGGAUCUGCCAGAGUUUCUUGGCCUCAUGGAGAAAAACAUCAUGGAAAAUCAAGAACGUUUAGGGUGUCCAGUGGAGGCAAGGGAGCUCAGCUGGGGCAAUGAGCAACAGAUGAGGCAGUUUCCCAUUCCAGAUGUUGUGCUCGUGGCUGAUUGCAUCUACUAUGAGCAGUCUCUUGAACCUCUGGUGUCGACUCUACACAAGAUAUGCAGCCCAGAUACAAUAGUCCUCCUCAGCUAUGAAGAGCGAACCACUGGAAAUAAGCCACAGCUGCAGAAGAAGUUUUUUGAGUUGAUGGGAGAGCACUUUUGCAACGAGAAAAUUGCCUUGGAAGAACAGCAUGAACUCUUUAGGUGUGAGGACAUCCACAUCUACAAGUUCAGUCGGAGAUGAUGAGAGUUUUCGGUAUGCUGAGGAAAAUUGCUGGUGCCUUUUCUGAAUACUAUGAAUUGUAAGAUAAUGUGAGUUCCCCACCCCCCCACUAUAUUUGCAUUCUAUAUUUUGUGGUCAGAAAAGGAGAUAUAGAGGAUGUAUUUAAUUCAUUUACUAUUUUGCUUGAAGUUUCCAUUAGGUUAGUUUUUGUUUUUAACUCAGGAAUAGGACCCUGAGCAUGGAAAUAGUGUCCUCCUGUGGCCAGUGUUCUUUCAGCCAUGGCUCAUGGAUGGUACAUUCCACCCUUGUUAAUUGAUAAAGAUAAUGUGAUAUGUCAUUCCUGUCACUCUGGUCUUACACCAAUUUUCCAUGACAGUUCUUUCCCAUCACCUCAGCCCUCUGUCAGUUUUUUCCAUAAGGGGAUAUUCCCAUCACCCGGUCUUCGGCCAAAUUUUUUCGUGACAUGACAUUUAUGUCACCUGGGUCCAUUAGGUUAUUUUUUACUUUCAUGAACAGGUUACCAGAAUCUGUAAGUGCUGUUAAAAGUUUAUUUUAUUUUUUAUUUAUUUAUUUAUUUUUUUAGAUUUAGUCAUAUGUAUCCUAAUUUUUCUUGCUCAUAUAUUAGAGGAGAGAAUGAAAAGCCUAUAUUAAAGGCACUUGUUCAGAUAAACACCACUCCACAUCAAAAAUAUGUUCAUUAUACCAUGUUGAAGAACUAGUCUCUAAGAUGGUAUAGUCUGAUUCAGGCUAGAAUCACCCAGUCAACCUCUCUUGAAAGAAUGCAAAUCAGUGAAUAACAUGUUAAAUUACAGAAAGUGACUUUUUGUGCUGAGUGCCAUGUUGAGAAAUAGGAAUGAAAAGCACAAGAAGAAACAACAAAGUACCUUUAAGAAAUAUGUUUAUAAAAUAUUGCAACUUUUGGUGAACAGUUUAACCUGAAAGGGUGAUAAUUGCAGAUGUUACCAUCAGGUAUCCACAGUGAGUGACAGCAAAAGUAGUUCUACUAUUAUUCUUUUAUAUUUGAUUAUUACCGUUAUUUCACUUUAUUACGUCAUGUUAGCAUACAUUAUUCAGCACUGUAGUACUCAGGUCUGUAUGAUACAAAGAACAUAUGAUUCCAAGUUUCAUUUACAUACCAUGUUUUACAUUUCUUUAUUAAAGAGCCUGGAACUUUCUUUUUUCCAGUUCUGUGCACACACAAAAGGCUUUGAAUAAAGUCAAUCAAUGUUGUCAUA